GCGCACACUCCGUUGAAUAGACAAGAAGGAAGGAGUGAAGGAAGGAAGGAAGGGCGGGAACCAGCAGACCGGUUAAGACCUGAGACCAGUUUAGAGAGAGAGAGAGAGAGAGAGAGAGAGAGAGAGAGAGAGAGAGAGAGAGAGAGGAGCCACUUAAGACUCACACGCCAGUCAGUCCUUGCCUAAUUCGCGAGCCAGAACGUCAAGAGCCUCGCCAGUUCACAAGUUCACCACCUCGCCACUUCGUCAUUUUGUAAGUUCGAAAGUUCACCAGUUCAAAAGUUCGUCACCUCACCAAUUCUUCAGCUCGCCAGUUCUUCAGCUCGCCAGUUCGUCAGUUCACCAGUUCACCAUUACCGUGACUUAUGCUCGGUAACUUGUAAACAUUGGCUGUGGACUGUGUACAUUUGUUGUGACUCGCUGCGACCCGUAACCUGUGUAAGUAGAAGAGACUCAUUGUGACCUGUGUGGCCUUGUAAAGACACCUUCUAGACCUGUGUGAUAUGCGUAAAUCCAGUAACACGCGCAGAUCCAAUUGUGACCUGAUGUGACCUGCGUAAAUCCAAUGUGACCAGGUGUGGGCUAGUAUUCGGUCUAAACUGUGACCUGUUUGACUUCUAGAUUGGUGUGAGAUGCGGUGAAGCAGUGUGGCCUGGUAGUACUUUCUGUGAGCUGUGGAGACCUGUUGUGACCCGUUUAGGCCCGUUGUGACCUGUGUAGACCAAGUCAAAGACCUCGCUGUGGCAUCCGUUGACCGCUCUGACCUGUACAAACGUUUAUAGCUCCACUGUGACCUAUGUAGAUUUGUGGAGACCCAAUAGAGACCAAUUGUGACCCAAGUGAACCCAGCGUAGCCCAACUCAGACAGCUGUGACUCAAAUAUCGUGUGAACCAAUGCUGGACAAAUUACGACCUACUGUGACCUGUGACGUGAUAAGCUGUUGCCUGUUCAGACUCCGCUGUGACCCGUUGUGACCUGUUGCGACCUCUUCUAACCCCCUGUAACCUAACUUAAACCCUUUGUGACUCACAAACAUCGUAUGACCUAAUUCUGUACCAGUUACGUCCUACUGUGACUCAUGACCCGUAACUCUUGAUCCGUGACCCGUGACUCGUGACCUGUGACUCGUGACUCGUGACCCGUAACUUGUGACUCGUAACCCGUAACUUGUGACUCGUGAUUCGCGUGCCGCUACAUGAAUCAGUGAGCAAGCCGCCGAGGCGCUAUGGCUUACGAGGAGGCGCGCCCGCCCGGCACACGCCACAGCUACGCUGCCGCCUCGGCAGCACUACCCACACCCGGGCUCCGCCCGCCCCAGCACCGCGCCCGCAGUCUAGAUGUGCUGGGAGGCCCCGCGCCCUCCUCCAGCAGAGCACGGCGCCCCCCCAGCGUGCAGGGUGGCGCCACCUCCUCUCACAACGACUUCGUGUUCCUGUCGCCGAGCAAACCCCCUCCUGCGCACGCCCACGCCCAUCACGACUACGACAAUGACGCCCCUGCCAGCGCCGAGACCCGCGCCUUCCUGCCGCAGACGGCCCGUCGUCCACGACACUCCCGUAGCGUUGGUCGGAAAUGUCGAGAUUGCAUGACGCGGGUGCCCUAUGCCACGCUCAUCGCCACCGUCAUGUGCUGCGUGGGUGUGGGCGUUUUCUGUGGCACCAUGUACAGGGGCACCACACUCACCCUGCGCUUGUUUGAGGAAGUGUUCAACCUGCAGAUCAAGUGGGACCAGGAGUACAGGGUGGAGCCAGUGCAGCUGACCUUCAUGGUGGUGGGCGCUGGCAUGGGUGGCCUGGGCCUCAUGAUCCUCUUCGUGGGCUGCCUCUCCACUGGUGAUACCCGCAACCGCGUCUACCGAACCUGGCGGGGCAGAGUGGGUGGCAGGAUAUCCUGUGCUAUUUUUAUGGGUAUCACUUACCUGCUGACCCUAGCCUGGCUGCUCAUGUUUGCUGUCCUCAUCAUCGUCACCAUCUUCUACACACUAGCUUGGUUCCAGUGCAUCAAUGUUCCCAACAAUGAAUGCAUCGACUACAACCAGUUUAGCUUCUUGUUCCCCCACGGCACCACUGAGGAGGAGAAGCGUGUGUGUUCCGGGGGAAAACGAAAGCUCUUCUGCAAGGAUUACGUCAACAAUGCAGAGAUCAUGUUUAUCUUGGCCACAGUGUCUGCCUUCUUGGUCAUCCUUUCCCUGGUGCACUACUUGAUGUGCCUGGCAGCAAACUAUGCCCACAUCAAGGACCAGGAGAAGUUCAUGGACCUUCAGGAGAUCCAGUUUCUGCACGAGUCCGAGAUGUCCACUUUGCCCAAAGACCGAUUCUAGGACACCGCCCAAGGGAUCUAUUGGCGCAGCACCCAGCAAGGCCGCUACUACUGAGAAUGUGACACAUGGGUACUCCAACUCAUGGUCACAUGGCCUUAAGGCGGCAACACUGUGUCCUCACAGGAGCGAGCCAUCUGGCAGCACCACCACAGUCCACUGCCCCAUGAUGGGGUGCAUUCCACUCAGCGCUGGAGGUCUGGUCAUUUUGGUGGCACUCUUGGAUGAAGACAAAAAUACCAGACUUCCUUAACUGUGCUGUCGAGUGGAAUGAGCUGUGUCAAGAUGCUGCAAGAUGGCAGUGCCUUGGUGCCCUGUCCUAACACCUGCUGGGUGUGGUAGAGAGGUGGAAUGGUCACACUGCCUUCUCACGCUGCGGCAGUGGUGAGGCAGGUGCGCUGCACACUGUGAGAGCCACUGAGCUGGUCCUCUGUUGGCUGGGUUGGCUGUGCUGGAGCUUGUUGGCUGCUUCUGCUGCUGCUACAAGUUGCUAAGAUUAUAUUUUAGCAUUACUUUUAAAAUAAAAAUAGGUUUCUUCUUGUAAUUUGUAGUUUAGAGGCUGCUUUGUGUAGCUUCUCUAGCAGGCUUGUAUGGUAAGGAUAUACUUUUGAAUGAAUUUGCAUGUAUUCCUGCAGGAUCUACAGACUUGUACAUUUUUGUUGUCCUGAAUGAAGAGAUUGGCAGUGAAGGAUAUAGCUGCCUCUGAACUCUGGCCUGUGGUCCUCCACUGCUACCCAUUCACAAAGGAUGGACAGCAUUUUUACCUAUAUUUAUUAUUGAUCAGUCAGGGAAAAUGUUUCAGUAAUUAUUUUAUAUUUCAUAGAAUCACACCAGGGCAUUCAGGCUGUUCCUGUCUCAAUAGGAGGUUGUCUGUCAUUGUUGGUAUUCCUUCCCUUCCCCUAGCCAUCCCAGGUUUGUUGUGUCCUUAAGAGUAAUAGCCUUUCCAACUCUUCUGAAUUUUAGUGCCUAAGCCAACGAUGGGAGGUAGCAAGUGUGUGGCUGACAUUGACGUUGUUGAGGAUUGUAUGAGGGACUGACAUUAAGCAUGCAAAAACACUUGUAGGCAAGGUCAUUUACAGGGUGACUGUCUCUGUCAUGGCACUGUAAUGCAUUAAUUACAAUGGAUCACCAACUGACCUUUACAGACAGUUUGAUUAUUACCUCUGGCUGAAGAGAUCAAGACAGCAUAGUGGAAAGUAAAUUAAUUUGACUCACUUGUUGUAAAGUUGGAUGGAGGAAGUUGUGGUGAUGUGACUGUUGCCGACUGUGGAAUGGUAAUGGUGGGGUUGAUUCAGUCAGUCAAGCAGUAAGCACCAACACUUGCUGACCAUCUGUGGCAUACAUUCCCAGCAGCUCAGAUUGCUGUAGGCACAGUCAUCCUAACCUUCUUCAGCUGUGUCCUUGAGGUGAUAAGCUGCCGUUUUUGAGUGCAUGUAAAUUCUUCAUGUUGCUCUGUGUGGGAAACAGGUUUAUGAUAACAGCUGGAUGGAUGAGGUCAAGGAUACUAAUCAUAUAUCAGUGUCUUUCCCCAUGUAAUUAUAUCAAGAUGUGUAUCUAACAGGCAGAUAUUAUUGAGUUUGCCCAAAGGGUAUAAAGCAUGCUUUAAAAGAAGGCCCACAAGUUUUUAAGAGUGUGAGAGUGUAUAUGAGUGUGUGUGUGUGUGUGUUUAUGUGUGUGUGUCAUAAGCUGUUCACUCUAACACUACUAACACCCUUGUCACUUCACAGCUCAGGCCAGACUAAGGUCACCUGUUCUGCUCUGUUCUGCACUUCACAGUCCAUACUUGUAUUGUGUUACACUUUCCUUCCCUGUCAUACUUGCUGCUCUGUGUUGCUCUGCUCUGCCUUUUAUUGCUGCACUGCUCUGUACUUGUUGCUCUGCACUAAUAACACACUAAUCGUCAACCCAGCUCAGCCCAACAGAAGUGUUUAGCUUCCACGGAUCCCUUGGGUGAGUCUUAACUAUUAAAAUAAACAAGGCACAUUGGUGUCGGAGGAGAAUGUGCUGUUUUGUUAGAAGGGGAACAUUUUGUUGUGAUGGGCUAGAGAUGUUAGUUUCAAAGUGGUAACAAAUUAUCUGUGUCUGAGCAACCUCAGGAAACACAGACUGUGUGUGCCUUGACAAUAAGCUCAGACUGUGUGUGUGUGUGUGUGUGUGUGUGUGUGUGUGUGUGUGUGUGUGUGUGUGUGUGUGUGUGUGUGUGUGUGUGUGUGUGUGUGUCACCUAUGUGUAUCAUGGACCCACUAAAUAUAUACUGUAUGUUGCCACCACCUUUGUAAUAAUAAAUUUUUAUACCUA